AAAAACCCUGACUGAAAGCUGAAUGCUGUCAGAGCGAGAGAGAGAGAGAGAAACAGCGUGUGCAGGUAGAAGGACGUCUGAUGGAGCAAAUAGCCCAAAUAAACUGAGACUAUUUGGAGAGUGGUUCAAGAAGCAGUUGAGUAUAUCAUGGCUGGAGCUACGACGUUAACCAUGAGGCCAUUUGCACAAACACAACUUUUGCUGUACCUCUGCUUAACAUCUGUGCUGGUCAGGAGCUGGACCUACACGUAUUCCAAUCAGACGAUGAGCUGGAUACAAGCCAAGGAGUGGUGUGAAAAUCACACCCAGAUCCUGAUGUUUAUUCAAAAUGAAGAAGACAACAACUACCUUAAGGAUAAUCUCCCAAAGAUAAAGCCCUACUAUUGGAUUGGACUCAGAAAGACUGAGGACAAUUGGACUUGGCUGGGGACGGCAAAGAUGUUGGAGGGUAAUGGAUACUGGAGUGAUAACGAACCGAAUAACAAAAAGCAAGAUGAAGACUGUGUGGAAAUACAAAUAAAUACAUGGAAUUCAAAUGGCAAGUGGAAUGAUGAAAAGUGCACCAAACAGAAGCAUGCCUUGUGCUAUAAUGCAUCAUGUCUCACGACGUCAUGUAGCAAGCAUGCCCAGUGUGUGGAGAACAUCAGCAACUACACAUGCAAGUGUAAUCCAGGAUUCACUGGUCCCAAGUGUAUGGAAGCUGUAGAGUGUGGCGCGGUCAAAACUCCAGAGCAGGGUUUUGUGCAGUGUAGCCAUGUUUAUGGAGACUUUCGUUUCAAUUCAUCCUGCCAGUUCCACUGUGCCCGUGGCUACAUAUUACAGGGUUCAAAACAUCUACACUGCUUAUCACUGGGGAAGUGGGAUCAUGAUCCUCCUGAGUGCCAGGUUGUCGAAUGUCCUCCAAUUACAACUUCAAACAGUGGAUGGAAUAUGACAUGCAACCAUCCUCGGCACACAAACAGCUACAACUCUACAUGUGUGUUCAGAUGUGACGAGGGUUUUGAGCUGAGAGGUUCACACACAACCCGGUGCGAUCACACUGGACAGUGGACACACAACACCCCAACCUGCACAGUCAUGUUGUGUAAGAGCCUCUCGGUGCCUGGUGGUGGAAUUGUGAGCUGUUAUAGAGGCAACAGCACUAUCUGCACAGUACAGUGUCCCUCCGCUUACCUGCUGCUGGGAGGUAGUGAACGCAUCUGCAGACCUGAUGGCUCAUGGAGCCAGUUCCAACCUCUGUGUGCCAGUUACAAAGAUUUGCUGAUGGCUUCUUCAGGAUGUGCAGCAUUUUCUACCAUCUGCUGCUACAUGUUCUGCUGUUCCUAUUGCAGAAAGAGAAAAAAGCCAGUGAAACAAAAUUAUCAAGACGAGAUGACGGACCCAGUAUGUGAUGCGGGUGAUGCACCGCUGGAGGACUUGCUGAGCUCAGUGUGACACUUCACUUCCUUUGUUCAUUUGAUGUUUUAAGUUCAACACAUCUGUCAAUAAUGUAAAAUUCCAAACAUAUCCAAAGGUCCUUCAUAGUGAAAAUUAUUUAAUCUGUAUUUUACAUAAGGCUUUUUCUGGAAAUCAAGGGGAAAAAUGCUUUUGGUUAAAUGCAAACUGUAGUUGUGCCUGAAGUCCUGUGCCCUGAAGUCAGCCAGUCAUUUGUGUUACUGAUGAUAAAUUAGUGUGGCUUCCACCAAGGAACUGAAGAACAUGAGCAAUAAUAACUAAGGUUAACUAAUGACAGCUACUGUAUGUACAUCCCUAAAUGCAUUAUAAAAACUGAGGAACUUAUACAGUGGGGUCAAAAAGUGAAAAUGUGGGAUUUUUUAAUAAACUGGAAAUAAACAGAA